UGCGAUCAGCCUCUGCUCAUUUAUUUCUUCACACUUGGAGGAAGUGAACAGAAUUAGGUGUUCAUAGGUCACUGUGACCUCACGAAACUUCCUUUAGGCCGUAAUUCCAGAAUUCAGGGCGUAAUUCUGAGAAUAAUUAUCCAGGCGAGGAGUCGAUUCUGGUUUUAAUCCGUCUCUUGUCAGUCUCUUAACUUUAUGAAAGAGGCACAUUAAACCGCUCAAACUAUUAUCUAAAGCUCUCAAAUGUUGCUUCCAUCCGUUGCCAUUUAUCUCUAAAUGAUUAUUAUUAAGCGCGACGCUUCAUGCAGCCUCUAGAUCUCCUUUUCAAAGGCGCCGCGGCACGUAUGCUGCUGAAAGCAUCUUUUUCAGGAGGUUGAGUCACAUGUUCUCUCUGCUCCCCGCAGGGGUCCAUGGAGGAGCCGGAGGAGCAGUUCCUCCAGUUCGCCCGAAACGGGGACCUGCCGGGGCUUCAGAGGCUGCUCCUGUCCACCAUGAGGGAGGAGACGCACAUCAACAUCAACUGCAGAGGGAAGAGGAAGUCUAAUCUGGGAUGGACGCCUCUUCACUUGGCCUCGUACUUUGGACACAAAGACGUGGUGGAGGAGUUACUUAAGGUUGGUGCAGACGUUAACCUGCCCAACAACGUCGGAGACACGGCGCUGCACAAAGCCGCCUUCACUGGGAGAAAGGAGGUUGUCAUGCUGCUGCUGCACUACGGCGCAUGCGCCGCUGUCAUCAACGGGACGGCACAGAUUCCCAAAGAUGUCACUCAAAGUGCAGAGAUCAGAGGCAUGUUGGAAGCCGCCCAGAGAACGGAGGAGAGGAAACAGGAGGAGGAACUGCUGGAAGCUGCUCGAGAAGGAGACCUGUCCACUUUAACUCGGCUGCUCAGCAGGAAGAAGAGUCCAGACAUCAACUGCACGGACCUGCUGGGAAACACGCCGCUGCACUCGGCGGCCUAUCGGGGCCAGAGGCCGUGCGUCCUGAAGCUGCUGAGGGGCGGAGCCAGCGCCAACGUGGAGAACAACAAAGGCCAGACGGCCUUGGACCUGGCGAGCAGUGCGGCGAUCAAGCUGGUCCUCGAAGGCACCGCUCACCGAGGUGGGACCCGGCACGUGAAGAAGCACCAGGGCCUCCUCUGGAAGAGCUCCAGGUUCUUCGGCUGGCGCUCCUACUGGGUCGUCCUCCAGGACGGGGUCAUGUCCUGGUACUCCAAACAGUCGGAUGCAGCGUCCAACGUGAGCAGACAGGGCUGCAAGUCUCUGACGCGCUCUCAGUGUUUGGUCCGAGACAAAGACAGCUGCUUUUUCACCCUCAAGUGCUUCGAUGACAGCUUGCAUCACUUCAAAGUGUCGCCUAAGAGCGACCCGGAGGCGACGGCCAAAGCCUGGCUGCAGGCGGUGGAGGAGCACUCCGCUUACAGCACCCACUACUGCUCCCAGGAGCAAGGCAGCGAGGAGGAGGAGCACGAGGAGGAGGCCAAGUCCCUCGGGGAGCUGACGGAGUCGCUGCAGGCGGCGGAGGCCCACCAGGAGGAGCUGGAGGAGGAGGUGGAAGCGCUGGUCUCCAUGCUGAGGGACGGCGGACUGGCUGAGAGUUUUCCGUCCACUGUGACGCAGAAAUUACAAGAGAUCCGUGUGCUGUCUGGCGAGACGAGCGCGUGUCUCCGUGUCUGUCUUGGCCUCCUGUCCAGACAGGAAGUGGUGCGCAGCCUGCGACUGGAGCAGCAGGUGGAGAAGAACCGGAUCCUGUCGGAGGCGCUGCAGACUUUGGCCACAGAGCACCACCAGCUGGAGCAGUCGGUGGUCGGGGGCCCGCCGCCCCCCAGCGAGGACGAGUUCCACGACGCCGUGUCCGGUGAGUGCGGCGCCGUGCUCGGGGGUCGGGGAGAAGCGGGAGGUCAUCGUGGGGAAGGUCUCUCGCUCACACCCUUGUCCUGCUCUGCGCACGUCUACAUCAUUUGGCUAGUUGGCAUCAGAGCAUUGG